CCUUGUCACUUGUGACGUUGUGUGCAUAGACGAUUACUAAGAUUAGUGAUCGAUGAGUAGAAGUAGAAUGAUCUACGAUCCGAAUGUGCUUUCCUGCAAGUCGGAGCAAGCCAAAUCUUCAAAAUCAUCAUCCACUACUGCCAGUACUGGCACAUGGUGGCAGCGAGUCGUGUUUCGAAUAUCUCCUGACACCGUGACCUAUAAUGGCGAGCUGCCGAGAGGAGCCCACUGACGACUUGAUCGAAGUGUUCUGUAAGCAGAGCGUACGUCGCCUCCUGGUCAGGCGUUUGAGCCUCAAGGAGCUGCUGGUGGAGGUAGAUGCUAGCGAACUCAGCGAAGCGGCUGCCGAGAAGCGAAAGCUUUUCCAUAGCAUUAUACCAGAAGGUCAUCUGGGUCCCCUGCAGAAGCUGGCUUCGGACGGUAACAAGUCGCCGGAGUGCGUGAACGAUGAGUUUCUCGGCCUGAUCAACAAUCGCUCGCUAGGUGGUCGCAAGCUAAGCGACUUCGUGAAAUGGCUGGACAUCUUUCAUCCGGAGAUUUGCGCAGAGCUGCACCGAGCCUGCCCAGUAGCGCAGCACUCGCAGUGGUCGAUCGGAGUAUCAACAAGCACUCCGCUGUACAGUCUGAAUGAUAGCCCGACGAUGUGCGAACGCUGCGUGGACGUGCUGAGCCCACUGCUGGACGAGAGCGGCGACUGGGCGAAGCUCUACGACGCCCUGUCGCACCACCCCAAGGCAAAGCCGUUCUUCACGCAGGCCCAGCGGGCGGCCGUGGCCCAAUGCGCCGAUGGCGGCGGUGCAGGCGGAGGUGGCAAGCAGACCGAGGUGAUCCUGAGCGCGUGGUGCCGCCUGCUGCCCCUCCGCGAGGCCACGCUCUCGCAGCUGAUACGUCUGCUGCACGGAGAGCGUUGCUUCAAGGCUGUCUGUGCGCUGGCUGAUAGGCUAAAGCUGAAGGGGGAGUCGCGUGGCGUGCGCGAGAUGAUCGUCGAGGCAGCGGACCGCUGCGGUGUGGGUCUCCCAAACGGACACACACCCGACGGCUCGUUCUCGCCGGAGAAGGAGAGCUGCGGUCGCCGGGACACCGCGUGGGGGGACAUGGCGGUGGUGGACAUUGAGGGCGAGUUCGACGACGAGCGCUUCCGACCGCUAAUCACCGCGUUGGAUAAUACAAACGUCGACGCUGUAACGAGUGCCACACAUCUCUACAAGCAUCUGCGCAGCACGGAGCAGAUCGAGCAGAAGAGCCGGCUGGAGCCUGUAGUUCGGCCCGGUCAGGCUAAGAGGGUGCUCGCCGGCUGGCUGUGGAAGGACGAUGCGCUGAAACUGUGCGACAUCCGCGCUACGCUGCAGGCGUGUGGGCUGACGGAAGCAGUGACUGCGUUGGCGAAUGCGUUUGCAAACACCACUGUAGUAUCGUUGGAAACGUCGCCAGUGCAGGCUACUCUGCAGCCGACAGCACCAAGUGCCUUUGACUUUGACAGCAUCCAGCACCACUCUGAAUCUAGCAUCAUCAUGGAUGAGCAAGGGUAGAAAUGGUGCGGCCGGCGGAUAUGCCUAUUGUGUGUGUGUGCGCGUGUGUGUGUGUCACGGUGUGUGUGUGUGUGUGUGUGUGUGUGUGUGUGUGUGUGUGUGUGCGUCUGUGUGUGUGUGUGUGUGUGUGUGUGUGUGUGCGUGUGCUUUCCCGUACACAUGUGCACGUACGUCUGUACUUUUGUGAACUUGACCAGCCGCACUUGUGCAAGCGUUUGAGUAGGCAAGGGCAAACUUCGAAUUCACUUCUUUUCAUGAAAUGCGGUGAUGCUUCAUCUUUGGAACAUACGUGUAUCACCCACUUCUUUUAUACCAGUAUUAAAGCUUCUGAUUUGUUGACUGCUUUUCUCCCAGUACACAGAGAGCGUAACUAGCGUUUUCUGUGCAUACCGGCUCACAGAUUUUAUAGUAUUUUCAUGGCUUUUGGUUAGUUUCGGAAUGCGGACAGUGUUUUUCCCUCCCUCUUGUAUUAGACUGCCUGCCUUUAGCGCGUGUGCACAGUUUCUUGAGAAAAAACAGAAACGAUUCUACCAGACACUGACUGACUGAGCCAAUGUUUAACGUUUACAAUGUAAAACUCAAUAGAAUCGGUUUUGUGCCCUGUUAUCUCACUUUUUGACUGCUAAUAAUUGUCUUGUUACAGACGUGGGCAGUCGCUUCAUAACUCGUUCCCACGAUUUUUCUCCUAUUUUACACAUCGAUUAUAUCGCAUUACGUUUUUCUACUAUCCAGCACCCUCGAAUUUAUGAAUACUUUUCUACAUCGUGCAUUUACCGAGAAGAGAUUCUAUUGUGUAUUUGGCUGGGCAGCACGA